ACACACACAGGCUAGGUUUUACGACAACUGGCUGGAAAAGAAGGGACCUACCAGAGAGAGAGAAAGGGGGGAGAAGAUGACUCCUCUCUUUACGGCCCCAUAAAUAUAUUGUUAUCUGGGCCCGGAGAGUCCAUGGGCAGAUUUAUCCCCGCGAUUAACAGAGUCGGCGUGCCAGGCAUCCCCAAUUAUUAAUUACCCCCAGGCUGUGCUACUGUCUCACCUUAAUUUCUUAUCCGUGGCUCGGUAGAGGAGCCACUUUGAAGCCAGUGAUGAGGCAUCAGAGUUAAUUAUAUGUCGCUUAGGUGGCGUUUUAUUUUUUCCUUUUUUCUUCCUUCCGUAUUUCUAACACGAUGGGAUGCAGUGAUUCACCAAGACCCAAGGUCUGGAAGCAGUCCAUGACGAAGGGGAUCUGGACUCCAUGAAUCCUCCAAGCUCUACCCAACUCCGAGCGCUCUGAAUAAAAAAGACCAUUAUCUGAGUGCUACAUUAAAAAAACAUUGGACAACCGAGAAAUAGAAGACUAAGAUGAACCGCUUGAAGACACGCCAGUAUUGCAGGGUUGAGGCCGGGUCAUUGGAGCUCAGGUGCAGCUGGACAGUGGCUUAUUAAUGUCCUGUGUACUUUGGUUUGAAAAGCCUGGGAGUCCGAGGAUUUGUUUGAUAUUAAGUUUUCCUUCUCUUCUCCACAUGCAGGGCUUAGAGAUGCAGCUGUUGUAGGGGUCAGGUGAUGUCCUGAAGGAUCGUUUGCAUCUCCUUAUUUUGGGAAUCCGGUCGAAUCCCUUUUUAGUUUAACCUACUCAGCAAUUUCUGCUUCUUGAUAUUUUCCUGGAUUCCCUCCAUAAUUUUCAGUGAAUCAUGAUAUGAAUUAAAGGGAUCUUUUUUUGCAUUAAAUUUUUUUAUGUGCAGAGGAACUUGUGGUUAUUAUCCAGUUAAAAUUUAAUUGAAUUUAAACCAGGUUUUUAAAGGUGCUCAGACCAGCAUCAUGUACUGUAACUCUAAAAUGCAAAACAGCUGGCAAAUCUCUAUAGAUCUUGCACCCUUUUGUAUUCCCUAUAUCAAUAUAUGUAUGAAACAUAAAUACCUCAAUGAGACUAUAUUAUAGACUCGUAUAAAUGGUAUUAAAAAAUCCAGAACACCACUCCAAAGUAUUAUAUGUUGAUAUUGAAUUCUGAGUAUAACACACAUGUCCUGUCGUUCCGCUAAUAGCCAAGCUGAUGAGCUUACCUCCACCCACAGUGUUUAGACCAGCAGGUGGUGCUGUGGUCCUCCAAACUAGAUGCCCUGAGGCAAGACAAAUGUACCUCUGAUUGGUUUCAACAGUCUCCUUUGGAGUCAAUUGUAAUUGUUUAUAUUCUCAUGAGUUCCCCACGCUCCUACCCUGCACACUGUCAUUUUACUUUAAAUUGUUCUAAUAAUAGUCUCCUUUUUUUUUUGCAGGAUCACAGACCAACGGUUCGAAAAGUUGCCGUAUUUUGUCUUUGGGGACUUCAACUUUCGGUUGGACACCAAGCAGGUUAUUGAGAGCCUCUGCUCCACUGCCACAAUGCAGACGGUCCAGGCCGCUGACACCAAUGAAGUCGACAAGCUAAUAUUCAGAGAAAGCGACAACGACAGGAAGGUUGUUCUCGAACUUGAAAAGAAGCUUUUUAAAUAUGCCAACCAGGAUGUUUUCCGGGAAAACAAUGGGACCUCGCUGUUAGAGUUUGACAAAGAGCUGUCUGUCUUCAAGGACCGUCUGCAUGAGCUGGAGAUCACCUUCCCUCCCAGCUACCCAUACAGUGAAGACAGCAGCCAGGGCAAGCAGUACAUGCCCACCAGGUGCCCCGCGUGGUGCGACCGCAUCCUGAUGUCCGCCACUGCCAGAGACUUAGUUCUGAAGCCAGAAAACGAGGAGCGGUCUAUAGUCUACGACAACAUAGGGCCCAACGUGUGCAUGGGGGACCACAAGCCUGUUUUCCUGUCCUUCCGAAUAGCAGCGGGGGCAGGUAAACCUAAUGCAAAUAAGCACAAGUGUUGUGUGGUGCAGUGAUGUCGUGGCAGGGAAAUGGAGCCAAAAGGGGGAGAAGAUAUGCCGUGAAGCGCCUCUGUGAGAACCCAAGAGGAAACAACAACACACACAAACACACACGCACACACAUACACACACAGACACACACAGACUCGCAUUCUCACAAACACACAAACACACAACACUGACCUACACCCACUGACCUAAACACACACAAAAGCACAGGAGUACAAAAUGCCCACACACACACUCACUCACUCACUCACACACACACACACACACACACACACACACACACACACACACACACACACACACACACACACACACACACACACACACACACACACACACACACACACACACACAGUAAGAGAAAAGAGCCAACACUAGCGUGUCCAGCAGUGCUGAGCAGGUUGGGCUGUUGGUCGUGUCUCUCCCUCCACACAAGCAGGACCCUGAGAAUGUGGACUAGCCACCCCGCCAGCCUGGCUCCAGACUACACACACACACACAUCGCUGACCUCACUGUUGCCAUGCAACCCCAUUCCCUUAAAAGAAAAACACACAUCCAUAUUAUCUAUAUAUUUAAAACUAUACGGACGGACGGACAGACUUUGUUUUUCAUGUUGUAACCUCCUUGCCAAAACUCUAAGUGGAGUCCCUCCCGACGCCAUGGUUAUUUUAGAUUUUUAUUUUGUCCGUUAAGGUAUGCAUCUACGCAUAGAAGCUAUGGUCCCGUUUGGUAUCUUAAGAUGUUUAAACAAAAGAAAAAAAAAAGUGCAAUGCAAAAAAAGUGGUAUGUCUAUUGCUAGGUUUAUUUGUACCCGGGACAGUAUAACAUAGAUUUGUUAAUGGUUUUUAAGUGCUUUGUUUUUUCCGACCCAAACUCUGAGGUCCUUCUGGUUAGAAUCAAGAAUGUUUUUCGAGUUUAAAAUCAAAAGUUUUUUAGUUUUUGUUCUUUUUUUUUUUUUAAUGGCGUUGUUAUUUUGAGUUUGAAUUGCUGUCGUCGUUGUUGUGGUUGUUUGCACACAACACUGCCAUGCCUGACACAUCGGUUUGAGUCUCAUUUUAUAUACUGUACUUUUUAAAAAGAGAUAUAAUUUAUAAUUCUUACCAAAAUUGUUAUGCGGAAGGUAUGUCUAGAGACAUGGGAGGGCAGGGUGGGGGGGUGGGGGGGGGGGUGGGUGUUCGCAGCUCCCCUCGGCCACAGCGACCUUUGAAUAGUCAUUACAAAGUGGUAGAGCGAGGGAGAGGGAGAAUGGGAGAGGAAGAAAAGGAAACUUUUCAGCCCACAUGAUUUAUAGCCUAUCCAAGAAUGUUUUAAGCAGUGCCAUAGCCCAUGCAAGUAGGCCUAUAUAAGAUAAUAUUUCACACAUAGCAGUCUCACCUUAUCUCACGUUUAUUAUUAUUAUUAUUCUUACUCUAACUUAUUUCUGCGUAAUAUAUGAUGGUUCGUAAUGUGAUAUUUUACCUAGGCUUGGGUAUUCCUUACAAUGUAAACAGUUGUUUGUUUCUUUUUUUUUUGUUACUGCAUUAUGGUGCCAAGUAUUAUACACAGAAAAUGAAGUGUGUGAGAAUUAUCAUAGAAAUACUUAAGUCGAAUGGAUAAAGAUUGUUUUGAUUAUAAAUUGUUAAAUAAGAACGCUAAACGCAGGGGGAACCAGAAGGAAAUGCUUUUCAAUUUUGUAUGUAGCCUUGGACAGCCCCUCUCUCAUUGGUCGUGCGAGCAUUAAACGGCUAAUAGAGGACUGUUGAUAAAACGCCAACGUCUCUUUUUAUCGACUUAAUUCACUACACUACAGAGUCCGCAGGCUCUUCCUUAGAAUGAUCCUUGAUUUUAUUUUAUUUCUUCAUCCCGCCUAAAUCACCGCAAGUGAAAAUUAUUUUUCGUGCCUGUCGCAAUAUCUCUGUUGUCUUGACAGUAGGCCUUUGGUUGGUUUAGAAACUGCUUGUUUUUAAUUCUGCUGGCCCUGAUGCUAGGAGAGGCCGCUGUUGUACUUCACUCCUCUUAUAACGCAGACAGAGAUUCUGUUCUAUUCCAUUACAACCUCUACUGUUGGCAAUGCAGUUCUCAAGCAAUAAAACCAUUAGAACUCCACAA